AGAGUAGUUGACAGAAAAUGCAAGGCCGUCCGAGACACGUUUGUGUCCUUGUUUAUCUAACGAAUGGGAGUGUUUUGAAAUUCGUUGCCCAUAAGUAUUUGUCUCUAACAUUAUAUACUUGUAUAUAUUUUUGUUAGAAUAGUAGUUUUCAUUUGGGGGUCUUGUUUCGUGAAAGGACAGCUAAGUGUCUAUAGCUUUGGCUAGUCGGGUUAGCCAGGGUAGCUAGGUUAGCUGAGUUAACUGGUCUAGGUUAAAUUGGUUAGCUAGGUUAGCCAGGCUAACUAGGUUAAAUUGGUUAGCUAGGUUAAGCAUGUCUGUCCACUUUGAGGAGAGGAGCGGCGCUGUCCCGUGUACCACACCGUGGGGCUCGUGGUGUCAGACUAUGGAGGAGGUUUUCAUCGAAGUUAACGUUCCUCCCGGGACGUCAAGCAAAGACGUUAAAUGCGUCCUUGGAAGCAAACAAGUUGAACUUAACGUAAAAGGAAAGGAAAUAUUCAAGGGAAAGUUAUUUGGAAGUACGGUGCGAGAUGAAGCAACGUGGACAUUGGAGGACAAAAAACUGAUCCGCAUCGUUCUGAUGAAGACAAACCGGGACGCUGGGAACUGCUGGGCAUCAUUGUUGGAAGGGGAGUUCACUGCUGACCCAUGGGUCCAGGACCAGAUGCAGAGGAAACUAACUCUAGAGCGGUUCCAGAGAGAGAAUCCUGGAUUUGAUUUUAGUGGUGCAGAAAUCUCUGGAAACUUCCAAGGAGGGGGUCCGGAUUUCUCCGCCUUGAAUUAACUGCACCAGUUGAGGAGCUCCAAAGGACUUUAACAGCAGAGUUUGGGCUGUGUUCAUUCUUGGACACAGAGGCAGUUUGGGUUGUCAGUGUUAAAGCCAUAUUCUCUAGUCUCACAAGAAGCCUCCAAGUUGCCUGUGUAGUGGAAGAGUGAUAUUUCAGAGACACAGGGCUGUCUGUACAGACCAACAACUUAAACUGUACAAGUCUACAUGUUUAUAAAUAACUUAAUCAAAGAGUGUUCCUUGAUGAAUGACAGGAGCCAGUUUAGCAUUUCAAUAAGGUUUCAUUGAAAGGCGCAGAUUGUUCACAGGGGGCAUAUUUUUCCACUAAAGAAAAGGUUUGGGUUAAAAAAACCAAAAAAAA